CAUGUUUUCAAUCUGCUACUGUUCCUUAACUUAAAGCAUGUACAUGAAGCCAGCUUAAUGCAAGGAUGGGUGCGUGCUUCCAGAGUGCUUGCUCUUGUUGAGCAUGAUGGACACCAUGUCCUUUUUGUCUUCCUGAGCUCAAGGGUUCCUCCUCAAACAUUUUCUGAUUUGACAAUAGAGCGACUGCUUCCCAUAGACGCCGAUUUCCGCUGUGAAAUUGCUACAUUAUUUGGAACUAUAUUUCUUCGUGAUCCUCCUCGGAGCAGAGGGGAUCUUACCUCCCGUGUGCGGACCAAUCAACAGGCUUUGGAUAGGAAGAAGGCCAACUUCGUAUAUCAUUUCCUUGUCAAUGACCAAAGUGAUUUCAUUUUAGGUCGUUGAAGUUCUAGUUAAAUUUAGUUUAUAAACUGCAAUGCUGAGAAGUUAUGUAAGUGUAUGUAUGAAUGUAUGGGUGGGGUGUAAAUGUUUGUAUGUUAAACAAGUGUUUGUGCUAAUGAAUGAAAGGAAAGGGGUAUAUGUUUAAAGGUAAAUUAAGUUACCAUUUCAUCUUAUCAUCCUCAUUACUUGUAAUUAACACCAUGUAGAUCGUAUCAUUAUUUAUUUUUUUUGUUUUGUUUAUUCACUGUACAUACAAACAUCAGGUGUACUCUUUUGAGCACUUGGAGAUAAUACACUCUUAUUGGUGUAUUUUAACUUGUGUAUUAUGCUAACUUGUCAUUAUGUAAUUUUUAUGACCAACAUUUGGUAUCUAAUGUUCAGAUCGCUUUUUCUAUGUCUGUGAAAUUGAGUUGACCAAAACUUGCUUUUUGUGAUAUUCUGGUGGCUUAUUGCAGGAUCUGAAUGCCAAUGAAACGAUGCACUUGAGGCCUAUUGUUGAGAAGUAGAUUCAUAAGUUUAUAUUGUUGUACCAUUCCUUGAUAUAAUGUGUUUUGAUUAUUGCAUUUUACAUGAAGGGGUAAAUUGGAAUGAAUGGGUAUAGAAUCUUUAUUUAUUUUCAAUACCUCAAUUUUAAAAGUUCUUCCCAUUUUUCCAUUUUGCCCAUAUAUUUGACUUGUCCCUCACUCAAGCAUUUUACAGAAUAUUUUUUGUAUAUCACUUGAGAACUUGCUAUAUAUAAUUAUGUAUUUGUAAUAUAAUCACUUCUAAAAAUUUUGUUUGGAAAUAAAACCUAUUCUGGUAAAAUAUUUCAAACAAUAAAUUGUCUUCAAAUAAUAGAAAUUUAUUUGUAUUAAUAGGUGCUGACAGCCUUACAUUAUAUUUACACUGUAAAAUAUAUAAUCAUUUUGUUAACUUUGUAUGAUUUUAUGAUAUAUGUUUCUCUUUGAUAUGACAUGCUGCAGAAAUUAAAUUUUGUUUGGAUUAGGCCACUUCAUUAUGUAAAAGCAAUUGCAAAGGCCUAGUAUGUAAUGUCAGUCAGUGAAAACUGUAUGUGUAGAAAGUAGAUAUUGAAACCUGUGUUCUAAUGUACCUGCCAUCUAUUGUUUUCUUUUUUUAUUUGUGAUGUUUGAGGAAACAAAACAUGAUUCUGUUAAACUAUAAUUACUGUUCUUUUUUCAGUGUAUCUUAUCUUUAAAAUUGCUAUGAAAAGACAAAAUAAAAUAUCUUUAUUAUUAAGAAAACUUGGUUGAAUUCAGAGACAGUGCAGUUAUACUUGGGGCAAUAAAUUUAGGCAGCUCAUGGAUCUUUUUUUGAGAUCUUUUCACUACUCACUUAGGCAUUGCCUGCUCUCAUCCUUUUCUACUAAUAACAUGUUUUUAGAAGUCUCUGAUCUUUCGCUUUGGUAUUUUGGGAGGGAAAUUUGCUAUUGUUGCUACAGAGUAAAUACUGUAAAGUGAGGCAACACCAAUCAUUUUUUAGCGUUUUUUUUUUUUAAAUAACUUUUCAUAGUGUUAUAGUUUUCUACACAUGAAAUUUAAUUUAUAAUGGCAAAUCCUUCAUCUUACUAAUCUUGUUAUAAAAUUUGUUUUUAAGUAAUGAGACAUAAAAUAAAAAAAUAUUUCACAGUCGGUGUUUCCUCUCUGUGGGAUAACAACGAUCUGGAGUUUAAUUUUUUUAACUCAUUUUUUGUUUUUCCUUUUAUUUUUAAAAUCUACUUCAAUUAGAGCAAUUUGUACUAACAUAAAAUACUUAAGAAAAUAAGAAUUAAAAUAUGAAAUUAAAUACAGCAAAAUAGUAAUAAAGUGAACAGAGAAAUAACAAUUUACUGUCUUAGCAAAAUGUGAGAAACCUUCAUAAUCAAAUGAACUCACAAACACAGAAGAAUCAUAUUGUAUGCUGAUUCAAAAUGGAAAGGAUUAAUCCAAAUCUAAAUUAAUGUCGGUAAAACAUUAUAAUUUUGAUUUGGAACUGAUCAUAAAUAUAUUCUUGAAUUAAAUAUCAGAAAAUACCAUUUCCCACAAUUCCUGGUGAUGAAAUUGGUUUGAUCUCCUCUUGAUCACUUUUGGAUAUAUGUCACUAAUGUGUGGAUACACAAAGUAUACUGAUCCAUUAUCUGAGACUUUUUUUCUGAGAAAGGUGAACUUCAUGUUUAGAGGGAAUAAUUGCAUUUUCUAUUAGCCUGUUGAAAUUUCUUACUUUCUUUUAUCUUCAUAGAAAGUUUGUUAUUAUAAAAUCACCCCUUGCUGACUUUCAAUGACUUUUUCUUUCAUGUUUUGCAUAUAUAUUUUCUGGCUUUCUUUCUCUCAAUAUUAAAAGGUGGUUCACCACUUCAUUCACAUUAAUAUGAUGAAUUUGUACUAGCGUUUGGUUUAGAUUCACGUCAAUACCUCUCACCGCAAUUUUUUUCACCAGGAAGACUAAGGCACUUUUGUAUUGCAGCUUGCCCUCUGCAGCUUGGUGCAUCCACGAUUACUUCUUUUGGAUGUUGCGCAAAAGCUCCACACCACGAUUGUUCAGUAUUACUGGAGCAACAGCAUUUUCCAUGAAAAUAAGGUUCUAGUUGCAUCUUCCAAAUUACCCAUCAUUUUCUUAUACACUCAUACCAUGAUCACUGUUACAAUGCAAAGUGACAUAUAUUAUUUUUUUUGUUAAUAAACAAUAAAAAGUAGUUAGGAAUAUUUUAUUGAAAAUGUGUAUAAAAAAACACCACAAUUAGAAUAAGAUUGCUACAUACCUUCUGUUCUUAACGAGGGACGCUCUGGAAUGAAGUUUUCGGGCAUUGUGUUCCAACAUCAAAUUCUUCUUGCUAAGUUAUCUGAUCUUACCCUGAAUGAUGUGAUAAAAAUAUUGUUGCGCGGAAGUGAUUGUCACAAAGUUCAUUUACUUUCAACAUAACAUAUUUGCCAUUCAUUUCCAUAUACUGAAUCACAAAUACAAAUUUAUACUUGACAAGAUAUGUGAAUGUUCGAUAUUACCACACAAGAUUGGUGUUACCCCAUUUUAUGGUUCUGUAGUAGGAGGAAGGGACCCACGUAAAUAAAUUGUCUUUACAAAACAUAUUAGUUUUGAUGAAACCAUGAGUCGUUAGGGUGAAUAAUUUGGUGCAAAAUAUACAUGCUGAGGUAUUGUGGAGAUUUAGUUAAAUUAUUUGAGUUGACAACACAAUUUAAUAUAGCUUAUAUUGAAUUAUAUUUUUUCUAAGUGUUUCUAGAUAGAUGAUGCAUAUUUUUACAUUACUUACUGUAUUUCUUAAUGACAUAAAAAAAGGUUAACAACUUUUAUUAUUAUUUUUAUUACAAUUUCUUUGCAUUGUGGGCUGCUCUUACAAAUUUUUACAAUGAUCUAUGCUAUUUGAUUUUAUUUAUUUUCAAUGUUUAUUGUAGAAAAUGUCAUUGUAGUCUUUUCAGUUUCAAUGAAUCCUUCAUUUUCAAAGAGUACAUUUCAGUACUUGAAUGAAGUUUUGCAUCAGUAUUGAGAACUUCAUGCGUAGAUAUAAAAAAGAUUUCCUUCACCUAAGUCCGCUACAACAGGUGUCAAUUGAGCCACAGGGGAAUGAGCCUUGUCAUUAAUAAAGGC